CUGAAACUGACAGAAGCUAUUUGGCUUUUUGAAGAAAAUAAACAAAAAUUAAGAAUUUUCUUUAAUUUCGUAAAUAUUUUUUCAUCCUGGAUAAAAAACCAUCCAAACCAAUGGUUUACAUUCAUUUUCCAUCUCAGUUAACUGAAGAGGAGCAUAUGCUCCAAGCUAAAUAUCAAAAACUUAAAAAGAAAAAAAAAGCCUUACAUGCUCUUAAAGCUCCCAAACAAGAACCUGAAAAGCCACCAUCUCUCAAACGUCCAACUGACGCUCGAGAUGCUCGUGAAGUUGCUAGAAAACUUAUCAAAAGUGGAGCUAUUCCAGCAAUACAAAAACAACAAACAAAACAAGAUCAAACUUCUUUCAAACGACCUAAAGGUCAAGAAAGGAAACGUGUUAUUCCAGAGGCGAGUGUUUCUGCCUAUCAACCAUUCUCAUCGACUCAAAAUGAUGUCGCUCAAGAGAAUAUAAGUGAAAUAAUCAAAGAGGAACCGCGAAUGCAAGAUUUGUAUCAAAAAUUUGCAACCGAAAGAGAUCGCGAAGAACGUGGACUCAACGAGAAGGGCUUGGAACCGGCAACUGGCGACAAGCCACGUGCCGGACAUACGAUUUUUGUUUCCGGGCAGAAAGUUACUGAGGAGUUCUUGAAGAAGAACUUUAAUGAAUUUGGAACAAUUGUUAAUGUUUCAAUGGAAAUUGAAAAAGGACGUGGAUUUGUUACAUUUUCAAAACCAGAAUCAGCCGAUCGAGCUAUCGCUGAAAUGCAUAGUAAGAGUAUUGGAGGAAUUAACCUGCAAGUUCAAUUGGCUAGACGGCAACCUCAAAUCGAACCAAUUAAUGAUGCUUCUUCGUCGGCAGUUUGGUCGACAAUUGCUGCCAGCAAAUCCCAGAAAGGUAGCCACAAAGAUCGGCGAGAGAUGGUUAUAUACAAUGAAGACCUAUUCCAAUAAAAAAAUGUACUCAUCUCAAAAACAAAAAAUACAAACAAAAUAAAGAAUUUAAAUAUUAAAUAAAAGGUA